AUGGACUCACCGGAAAUGGCGACUUUGAACCCUUUCGACCUCUUGGGAGAUGACGCCGAGGAUCCGAGCCAGCUCGCCGUGGCUUUGCCGAAGAAGGUCGAGAAAGCAGCUCCUGUCCUGCCUGCUAAGGCCGGUAAGAUGCCAACCAAGCCGGUGCCUCCUACUCAAGCCGCGAGGGAGUCCAAGAAUGCUCCUUCAGGAGGUCGUGGUGGUGCUGGACGUGGACCUCCUCGUGGUAGGGGUGCUGGAUUUAACCGGGAGUCCCGGAACAAUGAUGCUCCUAGGAAUGAAAACGGAUAUUCCAUUGCAAGACCUUCGGAACAAGGUGACGGAGCAAGGCGUGCUGCGCCUGUUGGUGGAUACCGUGGUGAUGGUGGUCGCGGAGGAGGCCGCCGUGGUGGAUUUGCCAAUGGUGAAUCAGGUGACGUGGAACGCCCAAAGAGGCACUACGAGCGCCGUAGCGGCACUGGUCGCGGUAAUGACCUAAAACGUGAUGGUGGUGGUCGUGGAAACUGGGGAACUACUGAAGAUGAUAUUCCACCAGCAACUGAGGAGGCCACAACAGAGAUUGAGAAGAGCCCUGUUGCUGAGAAGCAAGGCGGUGAGGAUGAGACCACUGAUGCUAAGGCUCCUGCAGAUGAGCAAGAGGAGAAAGAGCCUGAAGACAAGGAGAUGACUCUGGAAGAGUAUGAGAAAAUUCUGGAGGAGAAGAAGAAAGCUCUGCAAGCCACUAAGGUUGAGGAAAGGAAAGUUGACACUAAGGUGUUUGAGUCCAUGCAGCAGCUCUCUAGCAAGAAGAGUAACAAUGAUGAAAUCUUCAUCAAGCUGGGAUCAGACAAGGACAAACGCAAAGAUGCUUCUGAGAAAGAAGAGAAGGCUAAGAAGUCGGUGAGCAUUAACGAGUUUUUGAAGCCGGCUGAAGGAGAGAGCUACAACCCAAGAGGUGGAUACCGUGGAAGAGGAGGUCGCGGUGGUCGUGGACAGAGAAACGGCGGAGGAAACGUCGGAGGAAACCAAAGGUUGGGAGGAGGUGCUGCUCCGGUGAUUGGAGACAGUGCUCAGUUCCCAUCGUUGGGCAAGUAA